AUGGAGACCAAUCACACUCUUUCCAGUCAUACCCCACCUGACGGCUUUCUGCCACCUGAGUCUGGGAAAAAACUGUUCGACACCAACCAGAUGUUGGCCCUCGAAUGCCUUACAUCAAAGAGCAAGAAUCUAAGUCUUCACGAGUUCACCUUCGUUUUUUCAAAAAAGUUUGACCUCAAUGGAUCGUCCAUUGAAGGUCCCAAGGCUCGGCUUUUCGAGGAUUUGGAGGCAGUUCGGUGGCAGCAUCAUAAGCCCUAUUGCCUCCACAGCAUGGCAUAG